AUAAAAUCGAUCAGCCACGACGAGACGAGAGGUGAGAUCUCGACUUGGGAACUCUCACAAGAAGACGCCCAGAGGAGAGGAGAGGAUGCUGCUGAGGAGCUCCUCCACGCCAUUCCUGCACGCCUUCCUCUCCACCACCUCCUCCUCCCCUACGCCCCCCUCCUCCCUCCAGCUCCGGCGAGCCUUCUCCGACGGCCACCUCCCUUCGCUCAACCCCUCCUCCUCCGGCGACGACGACAGCAAGACCACCGGCCUCUACACCGAGCUCUCCUUCUCCAUCUACAACACCUUCAGCAAGGCCAAGCUGGAGCCCCACCAGGAGCAGGAGAUGGAGGAGGAGCAGGAGCAGCAGGCGGCGCAGCCGGAGCUGCCGCUGUUCCUGGCGAGGGGCAUGGGGAUCGACCGCCUCGCCUCCGGCCUCUUCACCGCCGGCAUGGGCUCCGAGGCUGCCCUGGCUAGGAUGGCCAGCGGGGUGGACCAGAAGGCCGUGCUGGCGCUGGACGCCCAGUACAAGGAGAUGGUGGACGAGCAGCCCGGCAACGCCCUGUUCCUGCGCAACUACGCGCAGUUCCUGCACGAGGUGAAGUGCGACUCGAGAAGGGCGGAGGAGUACUACUCGCGCGCGAUGCUGGCGGACCCGACCGACGGCGAGAUCAUGUCGCAGUACGCCAAGCUGGUGUGGGCGGUGCACCGCGACCACGAGAGGUCCCUCACCUACUUCCAGAAGUCGGUGCAGGCGGCCCCGCGGGACAGCCACGUCCUCGCGGCGUACGCCAGCUUCCUGUGGGAGCAGAACGAGGAUGAGGACGACAAUGACGACGGCGGUGUUGGGGGAGGCGAGCAGGGAUCACCCGGGCGUGCUGCGCAGCCGAGGCAGCUGGCUUCCACGGCCGUUUGACUACCAGGGGUGGCCAAGAUGGGCUUAACGAUGUGCGUGCUGAUGAGUGAUGACCAUGCUUGUAUGAUGUUUCUGUAUAAUCUGCAAAAUGUUUGGACGAUCGAGGUGCUGCUACGGAAUAAAGAACGUAACUGUUGAGGCGAUGGAAGGCUGUACCUGUAAACAUUGGUGAUUCCGUCUGCCGAUGCAAAGUUGCUAUACUAUGUUUAUUGGCUAAUUGCAAGAUCCUGCAGGCUCUGUAUUUA